AUGGACGAGAGCACAAAGCGAGACCCGCAGCGCACCGAUCCGGACUCUCCCGAUAGCGGCGGAGCAAAGGGCCGUCACGGCCGGCCGCAUCGCACGUGGGGUGUGACGAGGAAGGCGCUGCUGCUGCCGCCGUGCCCGCACACCAACAUCGGGGGGCGUCCAUGUGAGCCGCCCGCCCCGCCGCCGUCGUGGUCGCUGUCGGCCGCGCGGGCGGGCUGA